UCGCGAUCUAAAUUUAGAAAAGGAAAGAAGAAAAAUGGCCGCGCUCCGAGUUCCUCCAGAAGCUACGUUUAGCCUUCGCUGGUUUAUCCAGGGAAACUGCAUAUCCGUCUUGUAUUUUUUGCUGAGAAGUUACCCAUCAACCAGUCCAUUUAUCGAAACGUUUUCCCAGCGAUAUCUCGAAUCUAUCGUCGUAUAUGCACUCAUCAACUUCUUGUAUUGCUGGAUUUUUUACAAGACAUACUUCACCAGACAGGUAGCUUUCCAGGGUUGUCUUCUCGGCGUACUAUCCGGGACAGGGCUCAUCAUCGGCUUCACGUCCAACACGUUUCAUCCGUUUGGCUGGUACCUUGUCAUCCUCAGUUUCUUCCAUUUCUCAGAAUUCUUCAGCACCUGCAUCUACAACUACGAAAGCCUGUCACUGGAUUCUUACCUCCUGAACCACAGCAUAGCGUACCAUGUGGCGGCCCUCGCUAGCUGGCUGGAGUUCUUCAUUGAACUCUACUUCUUCCCAGGAUUGAAAUCGCUGUGGUACAUCAGUCUUCUCGGCAUUGCGCUGUGUGUGGGCGGAGAGUUUCUGCGGAAGGGUGCCAUGCUGACCGCUGGCCGGAGUUUCAACCACUACAUCCAGACCACUAAAGCCGAUGACCAUGAUUUGGUCACUCACGGGGUGUAUUCCUGGUCAAGACACCCGUCCUACGUGGGCUGGUUCUACUGGAGCAUAGGAACGCAGUUAAUAUUAUGCAAUCCACUCUGCUGUCUUGCGUACAGCAUCACGUCCUGGCGCUUCUUUAACGAGCGGGUUGAGGACGAGGAGAUCACGUUGGUCGCUUUCUUUGGCCAGAGUUAUGUUGAUUACCAGAAGAAGGUCGGCACCAAGCUUCCUUUCAUCCAUGGCUACAGGUUAUGACCAAAGUCCUGUCAGAGGAAUGAUGGUGAGCCGCACUGACCAAAUAAUCUGAUGCCUGCAAAAUAUCUACAGCAAGACAAUUGUGUGUCAGCGUUAUAUUGAUAUCAACGUUGCUAUGUGAGGCAACAUUUUUUGUGUGUCUGGCUUGGACAUGACAACUAUUUUUUUUUUCAAAGUAUAUCUGAAAUAAUACUGUUGAAUAAGAUUUGGCUUUGUGAAACAUCAGAUUGUAGGUUGGAACAUAUGGGGCUGAAUCCCUGAUAUAGCACCUACAUCCUCAGGCAAGGCAUUAAUUUACAUUUUGCCCUAUUUGACACUUCUGUUAUCCAUUUGUUGUUUAUUUGUAUGCAUGAGCUUCCAUUGUGAGAUCGGUGCAGUCAGAUGUCCCCAGAGUUACAUGUAGGGGAGACCGGGGUUAGUUGGAACACGGGGUAAGUUGAAACAUUGUAAUUUUCUUUAACGUCUUUAAAUAAAUUUCUGCAAUACUGCCCUCAAUUUAUUGUCAUUAUCAACAGCCAUCUACCAUAUUACAGACAACACAUGUGCAACAAGCCUGGUGAAGUUAGAAAGGAAUUUUUGUUUUUUGACCUUCUGAGUAAUUUUUUUCUCUUUCAGAAAUGUUUGAUUAUCUCAGAGAAGUUUAUAGAUCAAGUUGGCCAGUUUGGGAGUAUAACAGACACUUAUACCAAGCUACAAAAUGAGGUUAUUAAUAUGCCAUGAUGAAGUCCCUUUAUUGUGCUGUAAGCUUAUAAACGUCAAAUGGGCCUCCGGGGUUAGUUGGAACAAAGUUGAAGGGGCUAGUUGGAACAUGUUCCAACUUACCCCAAACAUAAUUAUGAAUAAAACAUUGGAUAUGAGAAAAAAAUAUAUAAAGUUUUCACACUCUUGUGAAUAUGUAUUGUAUACCAUGCUUGUUUAGUUUAAUAGGUCUGAGUGUGCAUUUAAGGCCUAUUGUAGGCCCCUAAUGCAAUAUUAACCCUUAUCAAACUGGGGGGGGGGGGUCAAUUUGAGCCCCCCCCCCCCUCGAGAAAUUUCGUCACUACGCCGUCGCGCGAUUUGUUUUACUACAGUGCUUGCUGACUUUUUACUUUCAAGUCUUGCGCAUCAUUUGAGACAAAAUUUGCGAUGCCUGUGUGCACGGUACCGAAAUUACGCAACAUUUUGUAUGUGCAUGUUCGUACCCAAAAUUGCUAAAAAACGUGAUUCCAAUUCAUGUACAUGUACAAGGUCAAUGCAAAUUGUGUUUUUCAACCAAAAGUCAUAAAUGUAUGAUUAUUUUUUACUUUUGUUGGUUCAAAUAGAUUUAUUAAAUGCUAUUUAUGAUCGCAAAAGAGUCCCGACAAAGUUCAUUGGAAAAAACAAAGGUUCUAAAAAACAAAAAUAUAAAUAAAACUAGAUUUUAAUUCGUCAUGUGGACGAAUUAGGUGGUCUGUCCUUAUUCUCGCCAUCAUGAUCACUAUUACCAUGUUCAAGCAGAUCAAUAUGAUCUUCAUGAUGACAACGGAAUGUUCAUUAUCAUGGAAUACUUGUAAAAGACGGGAGAUGAUAAAGCACUGUGAAAAGGGUCUCUUUGAUAUGUGAAAAUACAUGUGAUAUGAAAAAAAUAAUUAUAAUCUGUUUAAUCUUGCUAAAUUUUAACUUUCAUACCUUUAAAUUAUCAUAAAGGAUCAUGUACGAGGUGGU